AUGGAGCAACAGUUGCAAAACGAAAUGACGCACAAGGAGUCGAAAGAAAGUUACCUGCAUAAACAACUGCGAGAAAGAGUUCAGCAAAUAGAGGACAUUCAAGAAAAACUGCAGGAGAUGGGACAACAGUUGCAUUAAAAAAAGGAAAAAGAACGAGAGUAAAUUUUCCAGAUGCAGCUUAAAGAGAUGGAACGACGACUGAAAGAGGAAGAAACUGCGUUUAAAAUACGGCUCAAAGAUAAAGACCAACAAAUAGAGAACUUGUAGAAACAGUUGACAGAGAAAGAAGAACGAAAGCAAAGAUGGAGAGAAAAAAUAGAGGAAACUGAAACGAGAGAAGCAUGAUUUCGUGAACAGCUUAUUGAAAGAACCCAGCAAGUAUUAAACUUUCAAAGAAAGUUGAGUAGAAAGGAGCUGGAGUGCACAGAGAAAGAAGAACGAGAAGAAAAUUUACGAACGCAUCUUGAGGAGUUGCAGCAGCAGUUACGGGAAAAAGAAAAGUUACAGAUAGGUGUGUAGGAGAUAGGUGUGUUCAAUGUUCAAUGAAAAUUUGCAGAGAGAUAAGUAGAAGUGCUGAUUUAAGGCAACAAAUUGCGAUUCUUGAGGAUAAAUUGGAGUCACAGCUCCAAGACCGAAAUAUUUGUUAUUGCUCUGGAUGUGGCUCAAGCUUUAAACUACUUUUACCAAAAGUAGUUUACCAUGCCAAGAGUAAAUUCUGUUCAAAUACAGAGUAGAAGUUACUUAAGACAUUGCAUAUUGGGGAAGAUGCUGUUCCAAGGGUCAGAUCUGCUGUUAACUCCUCAUUUAACCUUGUAGUUGUCGCAAAUUGUAUUUUGGUGAAACACCAUGGAAGAUGCAUUUCAGUUCUGGCUCAACUUUUCAUCAAAUCCCCAGCGAAAUAACCCCCAGCAUUUUGUCACUCAUUCAAACGAGACUCUGUUACAUUUGGAAUGCUGUAAUAAUAGCGGACUAUGUAUUGAGGGUAGCCCUAGAAAAAAUAAUCUGCGAUCACACGCCCCUUCCAUCUGUCUAAGACUAACAUGACUACAAUCUUGAGGUAAGAGGCUCUCAAUGGGGUCAACUAUUAGCCGUAAAACGGCAUAAAUUUGUUAAGCCUUUACAUGUAAACUUAACAAAAUUUAACGGUUAGACGUAAAAACAGUGAACUUAAAAAAUUUUCCUCGUAACCUCAAACGGAAAAAAAUGAAUUGUUAGCCGUAAAAUGUCCAUAAUUUUGACCGUUCACGGUGAAAGCCAACACCCCUAUAAGAGCCUCAGUGAAGAGCCGUGAACUUUUUUUAGAACCGCUUCAAAUAACUUUGUUCGUAAAUACGUUCGCUCCCACAAGAUGUCGUACAUUGAUCCAAAAAACAAAACAAAACAAAACGAAAGGGAAAUCAUCUUCCUUUGCGCAUUCAGAACUCUCGACCCAACGGUAACCGCAAAUACACUCCCAUCCCCUUGGGACAAAAAGUAUUGUGUGACAAGAGCUUACGUUGGGUUAAUAGACUACUAAAAUUCCGAAUGCCUGAAACUGGCGAUAUAAUUCAAAGUAUAUUUUGCGUAGAAAAUACUUCGCCUUGCAAAGUAAUGUAGAUUUAUUUGUGACAAUUGGCAGUUUUAUCUCCCAUUCUCUCCGUUGAAUAAUGAGUGACUUUUUUUAGAAAGUCUAGAAUGAACAGGUAGUGGCCAGCCGUCACAAAUGACUUCACAUUCACCCAACAGAUUACCUUGGUACUUUGCUGCGUUUCAUUUUGAAGGUAGGGUGUUUUAGUCAUGCAUUGAAUGUUUUCAAACUAAAUGGUUUUCAGCUGCGAAAGUAACACACCGAACUGUUCAAAUGAAUAGCUGAACUUAAAUGACUACCCUACAUCGAAAGCAGCUUGGAAUAGCUUGGAAGAACACAAAGGGUUUAUAUUUCCGCCAUUGGAUCGUUUUGGAUGGCUUAGCCUUACUAUUUUUGUUGUGGUAGCAACUCCACAUGUCAAGCAAAUAUACUAGAAAGCCUUCGAGUUCCACUCAGUGACUGCAUGAGGUGAUUUGAAUGUAAUAUCCGUUGAUAUAACAUUUGGCAGUCAAAUUCAAACGAUUUAUUCGGCUGGCGUGUGAAGGAACUAAAUGAGUGCAAGACUCUGUUUGCUUAGCGAGUGUAUUAUGAUAUAAUAUGACGCUUACAUGUUGCGCAUUACAACCUCACCUCUCAAUAAACGAUGAUCAUUGUAAUGUUUGCCUGGAUAGCACAAUACUGGGGAUCUGAGAGUACAUGGUGGUUCAAUAAGUUAUCUAUGUUAUGCAUUACAAUAAAAAUACUAAGAACUAAAGCUAUAUGAUAAGGAAAGAUUCCUUUAGUAUAGAGAUCAGAAAAUUCUUCUAAAAGGAAAGUCAGUCUUAAAAUAAUUGAGAAGGAAACCGUUAUUUCAUCUGUUUCUUGAAAUUUGAUGAGGCAGCUAAGCUUCUACCAUAUGUUUAAGUCUUAUAAUGAUCUGGUGGCACACACAACAAAAAUAUAUGGCCCAGUCCAUUUCAUGGAAAAGUAGAAGUAAAAAUAUCUCUUCCAGGUUGAUGCCCUUAGUUUUUUAGCCAUGCUUUGACUAAACAUUUAACACAAGAAAUAGUACCAUGACUAUCAUUGAUACUAUGAUAGUGGAAACUGGAAACAAGUCCUUGGAAAUCCAAAGGGGAAACCUUAGACAUGGUUGGGUAUCUCACUUGUUGACUUGGUGGAAGGGAUGAGUCCAGGAAGGUAAAACUGUUGCUUGAGGGAUGGAGAUUUAAUAUUACUGAUUGAAUAAAACUGAAACUCAAAUAUAGGACCUUGUAAGACUACAUGUACAGCCAUUUUCUGUAAAAUCAUAAUUGUUUAAUUCCCAUGUAAGUUUUGCUUUUGGGCAGUCUUAAGUCUAAAGGCCAUGAUGGGUUCAUGGUUAGGUGUAAAACAAUUUUCCCACAAAUCAGAGGCUAAUUUACUUUGUGCUUGAUGGAAUUAAUUCUAAGUGUUCUUAUUUUUUGUACAUUAGAAUACAAUUAGAAUUUUCAUAUUGAUGCUUCUGGUAGUAAAUUUGGAUUUUUUUUUUUUUUUUUUCUUGUUAAUAAGAAAAUGGGAACCAGUGAAGAAGGAACCAAAUUUCAGUGCAAGGUCUGACCAAUAUUUUUCAGUUGCAACUUUUACUGAUUUUGCAAAUUUAUGAGUCAAAUUCCCCCUUUUCCUUCAGUUAAAUUUUUAAAAUUGUUUUAACACUGUUUUGCUUACUUUUAAUUCAAAGCUUGUAGGGAUAACAGAUGUCGCUAGCCCAGAGGGUGGGGAGAUGUGUGCUGAGGCUUUAAGGAAAUUAAAGGUGCAGUAUACCUGUUCAUGAGUCAUGUUAGUUCAUGAACUUGAAUCAAAGCUCAAAUUUAUUUUUUGUCAUAAUGGCAAUUAUAAGUUGUGUUAUAUUUCUAAAACAUGACAAUUAUAGGCUGUGUUAUUCCUUGAACAUGCCACCAUAAAACUGCCUGAAUUGCAUUAUUAUAACCUACCAGUAAGUACUAAAAACUUCUCAGUGUACUUACCACAGGCAAGUCUGCCAAUAUGACAAAUUGUUACUGCCUAUAGUUGAUCAUGAAAGCUUGUCAUAAACUGCCCUUCAUUCAGCCCAAUCUGGCACCUGGCCCCUUCUCUAUUGCCUUGCCCCAAUGCACAGCAAUUUCUUUUCACUUAUCCUUCUGGUAACAUAAUAAUCCUCUCAGUCCUGGAAUUAUUAUUAUUAUUAUUAUUAUUAUUAUUGUUAUUUAUACUAGGCUCAGGUGAAGAAAAAGGGGCAACACAAAGAGAGGGUGACACUGACUAUAAGUUUGGAAGGUAUCAGGAUAGAAGAUGAGACUACUCGAGUAAGUAUGCAAAUAAGUCAAAUAUUAUUUAACCACCAUGGUGUGAUUGCCAGAGACACAGUGACAUAUAAGCUGCACCUAUGAGUGUGUAACUCGAAUUUUGGAAAAAAGAUUUUUUUCAAAAGAUUGGGGAAUCAAAAUGCCAAGUAAAACUAUGCAGUGUAUUUCUAUCUCUACAUCUUAUCCAAUAUAUUUUUUUUAAUCAAAAAAAUAUGAAAUAAGUUAACUCUUAAAUCUCAUCCAAAUAUUGCUUUCACUUUUUCCAUCUAAUUACCAAAGAGAAUUUUCAAGGGGCAGUGUAUGGUUCAAAUGUUUUGUUACAUUUUACAUUAUGUUUUCUUUACCCACUGACUUAUCCAUUUACUUAUUUAUAUUUUCAUUUAUCCACUCAAGUCAAAAAUAGCUAGAGAGUAGUGAACAAAGGAAGGGCUGAUCAGCAGAAGGGAAAGAUACGAUUAAAUCUCCAGGUGCCCCUUCCAUCUCAGUACAUUUUGUUGUGUUUUUAUAGGUUUUACUGAUGUAUUUUUUUUUAGGAAGUGCAGCAUAUGCAUCCUGUCAAGAGAAUAUCAUUUGUCACUCCUGACCCAGAUGAUAAGAAAAUAUUUGGUUAUGUUUGCAGUCAGCCUGAUUGUUCCACUGGAUAUACAUUCUAUGCUCUGAAGUCAGAAAAUGUAAGAAAUUAAAGAAAUUAUUUGCUUUGUUGACUGAAUUACAGGAAAUGCAUGGGCUAAUUGUAGGAGACAUGAUGCAUGGUCUUGGUUUGAGACAUGUCUUUUCACCAUGUUUUGUUGUGAAUGGGAUCUGAUGUCUCACUCUCCCAAUGCCUCUCUCUGCUGAGGAACAUAUGGAGGUAUUAGAAAACUGCUAAAGAAUUAACUUAGCUGACAAAUUGCUGCACUGGGACAACUAUUAUGGCCCAGGAUUCAACUAGGGUAAGGAUGCAUGCAGUAUCCCUGGUUAUGUCAUAUGCUCAUGAAAGUGGAAUGAGCAUCUGGAUCAAGCUCCAGCAGCAAGGGUCAUGGGCUUGACAGUAGACUUACCUCAUAACCAGUAACUAAUAGUUGGUUUCAGUUAUACAUAUGUCAUCACCCUUUAUAUGGAAAAGGUAUCCAAGUCUUUUACUGUUCAAAGAGAUACGCAGGGGAAUGUAUUUCAUAUCUAAUUAUGACAAUACAAAUGGAGAUGCAAAUUAAUUCUGAGUCAUCUAAAAAUUAAUUGAUCUCCUUUUCCCACAUUCUCUUUUCUGUAUGACAGUCAAAUUCAAUUUUUCAAUAAUUCAAGGGAAUUUCUUAGUCAGCCAAAAAAUUUUCAAAUAUUGAGCUACCCAAAAAUUCCUGUUUCAGUUAAUUUAUUGUAUAUGCUUUUGUGCCUCUCUGAGAGUGGCAUUUCCUGCUGAAAAGAAACCAUUGAGGAGAAAAAUUUUUGUCAGGGAACUAUGCAAAUUGUUCAAGAGGAAAAUACUUUAAAUCUACUUUACAAUAGUGCACUUUGAUUUGAAGGCUUGCAAGACUUCUCGGCUGCAAAUUUUUAGCUUCAAAUUCACUCAUGCAAAUAAAAAUUUUCAUAACAUUUAAUCUUAAAUAUUGCUCAUUAAGCACUUGCAAUUAUUAAUUAUUCUAAGCAUGUGUUAUUUUUUCUUUCAGGCAAAGGUCAUAAUUGAUGCCAUUAUUGAACUUUUUGAGGUAUCAGUAACUCUUAGACAAAGGGCUGGAUCAGCAAAGGAGCAGGUCACCAGAAAUUCAUCAAAUGGUACUGACUGCAGAACCAUUGAUUUUGUUGAAUGAUUAUAACUACUGUAAAAGACUGUUCCACAAAAAUAAGUAUUUUAAAAUAACUCGUAUGUACUGGUCUCAUAUUUCAAUUCUUAUUUUAAAGUUACCAUGUUAUAUGCUAUAUUGCAUGAUGUUUUAAUGGUGUGUUCAUGAGAAAGUAAGUUUGUCACUGACUGACAAUGACUGAUAAGUUGAGGGAAUUUUACUCUUCCAACGAUCUUACUGAUCGUCACAUUCUCUUUUGAAGAAUGAGGUGAUUCUUAGGCAAGUACCCUACUCGACUAGCUCGUCCGUAUCAUAAUCAUUAGCAGUUUGGAGUCAUUUUUUUCCAAUGAAGAAGUCCACUCUCUUCUACUUUUUCAGUCCACUCUCUUUAGUUUGUAACACGAACUAAAUUUGCGAGAGAUUCCUGUUAUCUCACUGUCGUAAACUGUACCUUUUCGUAGAGGAAAGUACGCCUGAUAAACAACACAUGUCUCUACUAUGUGGAACUUUUUGAAAAAUGGUAAAAUAGUGAGCAGCAAUGCACGAGCUGAAAUAGGAAUAACUUGCUUCUUCUUGUAAUUUGCACUGCUAUUACAUGAAAAAUGCAUCCGUUUUCAGCCAAUCAGAUGCGCUCAAUUUUUUCAUGUAUAUCAUUAUUAUUAAGGGUAUUAGCUCAAUUUGAAGACAACUUCUGUUAGGUUCGGUCAUAGUCUUGUAUUCAGACCUCUCACGGCCAAGCAGUUGAGUGGUCCCUACAUUUUAGUCACAGUUAAACGGUAGGAUCUAGGUACGAGGUUAGUUCGGUCAGUCUUUGGAAUCUCUAAUCGUGGCUAGUAGUAACUGCUUGGCACUUACGUUAACAAAGAUAGAGGUCAUUUGCGUGCAACCGAGGAUCUUCUUUCACUGAGCACGAGAAUGUCUCAAGUGGGUGAGCUGUAGUGAAUUCGGUACAUUUCUUGACUCCCGGAAGUAAAAGAAACUGUCGUUUUUUUCGCUAGAGAACCGGACCGAGCUACAGGAAAUGAGAACUCGUUUAUCCAACUUACAGGCACAGCUCAGGCAAAAAAAGAUGACCAGUUGCGAGAGAAGGAAAGGAUUAAUGUAAACCUCCAAACUCGCUUGAAUACAAAAAAUCAACAACUGGAAGAGAAAAUUAGACAGGAAGAGAAUUUAUACCAAAAACUGCGAGCAAUGGAAGAGCAGAUUUCACAAUCUCAAACACAACUAAGGGAGAAAGAGUCGGAAAAGGCCAACCUGUUAAAGGAAAGAGAUCGCUUAAAACGGAAACCUGCGUGCAAUGCAUCAGCUGAAGACCAAAAUGCAAGAGCAGCUGGAGAGAAAAGAGCAAAAAUUAGUUGAAUCGGAAUUGCGAUUAAGGGAAAUGAAUUCGCAAACAGAGAUCUUCAAGUUCAGAUCAGAGAGAAAGACAGAGCAACUGUUGCUUUGCAAGAACGAUUAGGAAUUACGGUACAACAAGUUGGCGAGCUAGAAGAACAGCUGACAAGAAAAGACCGGGAAAAAAUGAACUAGAAAGAAGCCUUUCAACAGCUCAGCAGAUAUUACGUGAUAAUCAGGCUCAAAGAUCACCAGACUGGGUUAUUCCACGUAAUCAAAUUCAGCUGACGACCAAAUCCCUCGGUAGAGGUGCUUGGGGAGAGGUUGUCCAAGGAAGGUUCUGUGGUUGUGUCGUUGCCGUGAAAACGAUACAUGAUUUGAUUCUUUCUCCUCACAACCGCAGGUUGUUUGAACGAGAAAUGGACAUUGCCUCGAGAUGUCGACACCCUUGUUUACUGCAAUUCAUUGGAGCAACAAACGACGACCAUACACCUUUGUUUCUUACGGAGAUCAUGGAAACAAGCUUGCGAGCACUGUUACAGGAAAGAUUUCUUUCUCAGACAGAAAUCACCGUUAUUGCUCUGGAUGUGGCUCGAGGACUAAACUACCUCCACCAAAAACGCCCCAUCCCUAUUCUUCACCGUGACAUCAGCAGUGCAAAUGUGUUACUCUGGAGACAAGGUACUCAAUGGCGAGCUAAAGUGUCAGAUUAUGGCACUGCUAAUUUCAAGAAACAGACCAUGACAGUUGCACCUGGGGCUCUAAUCUACAGUGCACCUGAAGCACGCGCUACAAACCAAACAGUCCAUGUUAGCUCAGAUUGAUGAUCUAACGGCACUUUUUUGACUCGAUGAGAUUAUUCGUGCUUUUUGAUUCCAAUUUAUUUUAUGUGCUAUACCUUUGGACAUCGUAACAUUUUGAUGGAGAGUAAUAUAAAAGCCUCCUUUCUCUGUAAUUGGGCAUUUUCUUCACGGGUAGUUCUCUUCUUUACGAUGGCCGCCUUUUUUACCUCAGUUUUGGAACUAAAUCUUUCCAAACUUGAACCACCAGUCGAAAAAAUUGCUUUCCUCGUAUAGAAAUGGUGCUCUUAUAUGUAAAUUACAGUUUGCAAAAGUAAGAAUUUGAAAAGUAAGAGGUGUCUCAUGAUCACUUAUUCAUAGUUUGCUCAAUAAUGGGCAAUUGCCCUCGCUGUGAAAAGUACUGAACAGUGACGAUUAUUGGCAUGAGCCUUUUUCACCUCAUUAGAGGCUCAAAUACACUUUAAAGUGAGAGAGGAAACAAUGCUUGAAUGUUGUUUCCUCCCUCACCUUAAAGUGCAGGAGGGGAUUUCUUAGGAAAAGGCUAAAAUCGAAUCAUUUCUGUAACUGCAUUCGCCGUUAAAAGCGUUGGUUUAAUAAGAUUCCCAUGCAGCAAGAGUUACUUUCUUCAUAUUCCGCCUAUUCUGGGUAUUUUCCCACAAUAGCCGUAAAAGCAUGCACGGUGUUGUAUCUCUCUGUGCUGUCAUUUAUUUCUUCAUUUUCUGUGGUCAGGUUGAUGUUUACAGUUUUGGUGUACUUCUUUGUGAGAUGUCCAUCCGUGAAUUACCAGAUCCUGAAAGACGAGAACAACAAGUAGCAAUGUUGGCAAACAACGUGCUUCGAGCUCUUAUCCGAGGAUGUUUGGAAACAGACCCUCAGGCCAGACCAACUAUGGAAGAAAUAAUUAAUGAAAUAGAACCGGAGGUGCAAGGCACCUUUUGAUAGAGUUUUCUUAUCAACUUCAAACAUAAUGUUGUCUGUAUGGUUUUCAGUAUUGCUACUGUACUAGACGAUCACAUAGAAGAUCCUGUAAAGAAAACUCUAUCUUUCCCGAUGUAACUUAAGUGUACGGAUGUAUCUUCUGAAAACCUUGUAGACUUUUUCCGUCUAGGCGUGUUUAGCUUUCCAUUAUUCCUUACCUAGGUAGUUACACGCUAAUCUCGUAAGGAUUUAGAUGAAAGCGUCCGUUUGGUGUGUAUUAAGCGGAAGCGUAAAAGAAAGAAGGUACAGUCCGAUAACACGAAGAAGGAGUCAUUUUCAGGCAGCUGCGACCGAGCCUUCUCAGUGUAAAUCAUCAAUCUUAUUGUCAGACUCAUUUAUCGUCUGCAAAUGUAAUAACAUACUAUUAUGAUUUUUUUACCUAACGCUACAAAACUUUCGUCCGUUGAUUGAAGUUUUUAUGGCCAUAUUUGUG